UAAGGAGGUACUAGUCAGAGACUUACAAUAUCAACACGUGGAGGGAUAAAUCAUUACUAGUGUGGUAUUUACAUUAUCAAAUCGAGGAGGAAACAAUAGGUAUUAGAACCAACAAUGGCGAGGAUGUACAUCUUAUUGUUAGUUCUACUUGUAAAUACAUCUUACCAGCAGAAUAUCAUUCCUGACCACAAAAGGCGCCAAUGUAAUGCGCUGCAGUCGUCUGAGGUUAUGGAAAAGGCCUUACCCGAGAUACGUCGUUACUUCCAGUCUGAGUUACAGUCCAGUAGACGAGAGCGUGAAGAAGUUAAAUCAUUUCUGAGUGGAACGAAUGAUUCCCUUCGAGUUUUUAAAACAGAACUGGAAACUUACAGAGGACACAAUAACGAAAUGAACGCCUCCCUGGGAAUGAUUAAGACUGAGUUGGAAAACAGCCAACGUCCGUCAGCAGAGUAUGAACGCUUCAUUGGGAAUUAUCAAAACAGAGUCGGAAAUAAGCAGACGACAGAAAGAAGAAAUGAAUGCCUCCCUGGGAGCGAUUACCACAGAGUUGGAAACAAAUCAACGUUAUAAACAGAAGAUGAACGUUUCCUUGGGAGUUAUACAGUCAGAGAUGGAAACUAGCAGAAAACAGGUGGCGGGGAUGAACGUUUCCUUCGAACUUUUUCAAGCAGAGUUGGAAACAAGCAGACAACUUCACUUGGAGAUGAACGCUUCUCUAGAAGUAAGCAGACGACAGAAUGAGGAAAUGAAGGCUUCGCUGGCUGUUGUUCAGGCAGAGUUGAACAUUACCAGAGAACAUCUACGUUUAGUCAUACGGGGAUGUGAGGACGACUGGGAACACCAUGGUGGAUAUUGUUACCUAUUUGUACAGACAAAAGUAAACUAUAAAGGCGCCAAAGCUCGAUGUCAACAAGACAACGCCUAUGUUGCGGAAGUCAGAAGUGAAAAGGAACAGCAAUUCAUCAAAGCGGAAUUGGAUAAAAUCGACGGGAAUAAAUCACCUAGUUAUUACCUGGGAGGAUAUUAUAACCGUGAGGAGAAUGAAUGGAUAUGGGAAAGGACAGGGAAGACGAUUGGAUACACCAGAUGGGCACCUGGAGAACCUAACGACUCGGGCAGGAGAGAGGAUUGUCUCUUUACGUGGGCCAAGAGAGACCGUUUAUGGAAUGAUGCUUCAUGUCAAUUUAAAAGUUAUUUCAUAUGCAUGAAAAGUUUGAUCCCUUCAUGAAGAUGAUAAAAAAGAUCACCGAAUACACCAGCAAUGACUUUAUCACGUGAUGUGAUGUAUAUGUGGAAGUAAAUAUCACGCCUUUGAGUAUUUUUCACCUUCGGAUUUGGAAAUCAUCUACAUCAAUGUAUCAGCCCAUUUAGUCAUACUAAUUUCAUAUAUUAAAUAUCAUGAACGGAAUCAACGUGUGUUUAUGUGUACUCUGUACGAAUAGCUGGCCGGUUGAUUUUUUCAAUAAAUAUAUACCUCUCUAAUCCUA